AUGUCAGGCCUCAGGAUAUUAGUACCCGUAAAGCGGGUCAUUGACUAUGCAGUCAAGCCCCGCGUGAACCGCGCCCAAACCGCCGUCGAAACCGCCAACGUUAAACAUUCCAUGAACCCCUUCGACGAGCUCUCCAUUGAAGAAGCCGUCCGCAUACGUGAGCAAAAGGGCCACCACUCCAGCGCACCAAAGGUCGAAGACAUUGUCGCCUUCAGCGCCGGCCCCCCAAAAUCCCAGGACAUCUUGCGAACAGCAAUGGCCAUGGGCGCCGACCGAGGCAUUCACGUCGUGGUCGAGGAGAAGGACGCGCUGGAGCCCCUGGGUGUGGCGAAACUGUUGAAGAAGGUUGUGGAUGAGCAAAAGAGCAACCUGGUCAUCUUGGGAAAACAGAGUAUUGAUGAUGAUGCGGGACAGACGGGACAAAUGCUCGCUGGGCUGUUGAAUUGGCCUCAAGCGACACAGGCCUCGAAGGUGUCCAUCACCGACCAGGCAGUUGAGGUGAUACAAGAAGUCGAUGGCGGUGUGCAGACGAUCAAAGCGAAAUUACCCAUGGUCAUCACCACAGAUUUGCGCCUCAACGAGCCCCGGUACGCGAGCUUGCCCAACAUCAUGAAGGCAAAGAAGAAGCCGCUGGAGAAAAAGGCGUUGAAGGACUAUGGGCUAGAUACCGAACUGCGGUUGAAGACAGUCAAGGUCACAGAGCCACCACCACGGAAGGGUGGUGUCAAGGUCGAGGAUGUAGAUGGCAUGAUCAGCAAGUUGAAAGAGCUGGGAGCUUUGUAG